AUGGCGGUUCAAAUGACUCCAGAAGAAUUCGAUCAGGCCGAAUAUGAAAAAUUAAUGGAAGAUGUCGACAAUCGUAGUGACCUAACUGGCUACAGCGGGCUUCCAAAAUCAGUAGCACCGAUGGGCUUCCAAGAACGCGUUUCCGUCGCAGAAUCGAACUUUUACGACGAAUCCGCAACGAUAAGCAGCCAGUUUUUGAAGGGCAAGCCGCGAAUGCCCUCGGUUUCGGCGGACAAGUACCGAGACCUGAGCAUUGAAGCCGUCAUCGCCCUGCUUGACGAUCACAAUCGAGAUGUGAAAGCGAACGCGGCUGGUUAUUUGCAGCAUUUGUCGUUUGACAAGGAGGAAAACAAGAACCUGAUAAGGACUUGCGGUGGCAUUCCCAAGCUGAUUGACAUUUUGGAGGAAAGAAAUGACGAUCCAAGAAUAGUCGAAAAUACCACCGGCGCUCUGAGAAACAUUUCGUACGGAGUCGAUCAAAACAAAAUCUCGAUCAACGUCGCCGAAGGUGUUGGUGCCCUAAAUAAGGCUCUCCGUCGAGCCACCGCCAAACUGGAGGAUCAAAAGUCGGCCCAGGUCAAUCAGUGGAGUCUUGUUCAGGUCCACGCUGCCGGCGCUUUGUGGAACUUGUCAAGCCAUAAACUUCUGAAGCCGCCGAUGCUCGACCAAUCUCUUUCGACAAUUGUGACGAGUAUCCUUGUUCCCUGGGCGAGGCACAUGGCUAAUGGAUCUACUGGUCCGCCGCCGUCUAAAUAUACCGACGCGUUCACAGCUGUUUCCGGAAUCCUCCGCAAUCUCUCAUCAUACAGCCCUCCGAACGGACCGGACAGCGCUCGAGAUCGAAUGAGAAGCGUAGAAGGUCUGAUGGACAGUAUGUGUGACAUCAUCAGUGGCAUUCCGAAGUACAGUAAUGACAUUCUCGACUCCAAGUACUUUGAAAACGUCAUUUGCGCGCUGAGGAACUUGACCUAUCGAGCGGCAAAGCAAGUCAACCAGCCUGUUUGCAUCAAUCCCCAAGUUGUUGUCAAAGCAAGCUGUUUCACGACGAAACGCGUGGAAGCAACUUACAAAAAGCCCGAAAUUCCUGAAGACGACAUUCAAUCACGUGGUACGAUGCGCAUCUUCCAGCCAAGUUUCGCCGCUAAUAUCAUUCACCUGCUCAAGAAAUCGACGAAUCUGAUCACCACCGAAGCCGCCUUAGGAAUCAUCCAAAACCUGACAUCCGAUAAUUUCCGAUCCUCUUUAUACCUCAGAGCUUACAUAAGGGAUAUAAAUGGAAUUCCCGUUUUGGUUCAAUUUGUCGAAUGUACUGAUGCUACAGUGUGUCACUCGGCAAUCGUCGCGCUUAGGAACUUAUCGGAAGAUUUGGACAAUAAGAAAGUUGUAGGAAAGUACGGCAUGCAACAUAUAGCUUCCAAGAUUCCUGUCGACCCAACGUAUCUGCAGCAAGCAACGAACGCCCACCAACGAAGUUACACUUCCAAAUCCGCCGUGGCUGCGCUCUAUCUCGUCCGUCUCCUCAUCAACCUCAAUCAACCAAAUGCCGAGCUAAUGGUCUCGACAAACGCACUAAAAGCCAUUGUUAACAUUAAUAAAAACGCGCAAUUUGGCGAUCCGCUCAGAAAGGCAGCUGGUCAGGUCCUUGUCGUUGCUUGGGAAGUUUCGAGCAUGAGAAAGCAGUACAAAAAGCUGAAACUAACCGAGAAGGACUUCAAACCGACCGUCCAGGCUGGCGAGGCGACCAUGAGAAAAUCAAAGGCAACGACAAACGGCCUCUCUCCCGAAUCAGAAAAACUUAUAUCUGAUACGAAUGUAUAA